GGGGUAGCGCUGCUGAAGAGGGGGAUGGGAGAAAGCGGCUAAUUGAGACCAGCUGUUGCUCCUCAAUCUCCGAGAUCUUUGGACUGUGCCCUGGGGUAGGCUCACACCCUCCUCCAAGCCACAAGAAACCAGCACAGGUUGCCCGGGCAGCCUGAGGCUCUUCUGCCCUCUGUGGCUUCCCAGACUCCUCUGAAACAAAAGAUUAGAGAAGGAUCCUCAUCCAGCAGGAGGACACAGCGGUCAACCUUGCCUGCUUCUGCCCAGGAAAGGCCGGGAGGAAGAGGCCAUAAACCACCCAGUCCUCUCCUCCGUCCCUUCAUCUACUCAUCGCAUCUGGAGACCCAAUGGCCCAAGCCCACUGGCGCUGCUACCCCUGGCUUGUUCUCCUCUGCGCAUGUGCCUGGAGUUACCCACAGCCUGGGUACCUUGGAAGAGAAGAUGUGAGAAACUGUUCAACUAACCCUCCGCACCUGCCAGUUACUGCAGUCAAUACAACAGUGCGGCUUGCAGCCCUCCGCCAGCAGAUGCAGGCCUGGAAUCUCACUGCCUACAUCAUUCCAGACACAGAUGCACACAUGAGUGAGUAUAUUGGCAAACACGAUGAGAGGCGAGCAUGGAUUUCCGGCUUCACAGGAACCGCAGGUACUGCCGUGGUGACCGUGGGGAAAGCAGCUGUCUGGACCGAUAGUCGUUACUGGACUCAGGCUGAGAGGCAGAUGGACUGCAACUGGGAACUCCAUAAGGAAGUUAGCGUCUCUUCCAUUGUCGCCUGGAUCCUUGCUGAAGUCCCUGCUGGAGGGCAUGUGGGCUUCGACCCCUUCCUCUUCUCUGUUGAUUCCUGGGAUGACUAUGAUGUGGAAUUCCAUAACUCCAACAGACACCUGGUAUCCGUGACAACCAACCUUGUGGACCUGGUAUGGGGGUCGGAGAGGCCCCCAAUGCCAAGCCAGCCCAUUUAUGCCCUGCCAAAAGAAUUUACAGGGAGUACUUGGCAGGAGAAAGUAACCACCGUCCGAAGCUAUAUGCAGAACCAUACCAUGGCUCCAACUGGUCUCCUCCUAUCAGCACUUGAUGAGACAGCUUGGCUCUUCAACCUUCGUAGUACUGACAUCCCCUAUAACCCCUUCUUCUACUCCUACACGCUGCUCACGGACUCUUCUAUCAGGUUGUUUGUCAACAAGAGUCGCUUUAGCCCCGAGACCCUGCAGUACCUGAAUACAAACUGCACGUCACCCAUGUGUGUGCAGCUUGAGGACUACAGUCAAAUUCGUGAGAGUGUAAAGGCCUAUGCCCUAGGCAACGUAACCAUCUUGAUUGGGCUCAGCUAUACCACCUGUGGGCUCUAUGAAGCGAUACCUAAGGAGAAAGUCGUGACAAGCACCUACUCCCCCGUAAUGCUAAUGAAGGCUGUGAAGAACAGCAAGGAACAGGCCCUCCUGAAGGCCAGCCACGUGCGGGAUGCUGUGGUUGUGAUCCAGUACUUGGUCUGGUUGGAGAAGAACGUGCCCAAAGGCACGGUGGAUGAGUUUUCUGGGGCAGAACACAUUGAUGAGUUACGACGGAAUGAAAACUUCUCCUCUGGACCCAGUUUUGAAACCAUCUCUGCGAGUGGCCUGAAUGCUGCCCUGGCCCAUUACAGCCCAACUAAGGAGCUUCACCGCAAGCUGUCCUCAGAUGAGAUGUACCUGGUGGACUCUGGAGGGCAAUACUGGGAUGGGACCACAGAUAUCACCAGAACAGUGCAUUGGGGCACCCCUACUGCCUUCCAAAAGGAAGCAUAUACACGUGUGCUGAUGGGCAACAUCGAUCUGUCCAGACUCAUCUUUCCUGCUGCAACAUCAGGGAGAAUUGUGGAUGCUUUUGCUCGAAGAGCCUUGUGGGAAAUUGGGCUCAAUUAUGGUCAUGGGACAGGCCAUGGCAUUGGCAACUUCCUCUGUGUGCAUGAGUGGCCAGUGGGAUUCCAGUCUAACAACAUUGCCAUGGCCAAGGGCAUGUUCACUUCCAUUGAACCUGGAUACUACCAGGAUGGGGAGUUUGGAAUCCGUCUUGAAGAUGUGGCCCUUGUGGUCGAAGCAAAGACCAAGUACCCAGGGACCUAUCUGACUUUUGAAGUCGUAUCCUUUGUGCCCUAUGACCGAAACCUCAUCGAUGUCAGCCUGCUGUCCCCAGAGCAGCUCCAGUACCUGAACCGUUACUACCAGACCAUUCGUGAGACUGUUGGCCCAGAACUGCAGCGUCGACAGCUGCGGGAGGAGUCUGCAUGGCUGGAGCGGCACACGAAACCCCUGUCAGCCUUGGCCCCUCAUUCCACCUCUUUGACCUCUGUGUGGGUAGCCUCUGCUCUUGCCAUCCUCAGCUGGAGUAGCUAGAGCCGCCACGCCACGCCCCCCCC